AUGUUAAAGUGGAUUCAGGGUGGUUUAUCAGCUGUUACAGGUAUUGCUGAACCUGAAUAUGGUAAAGAAUAUAUUCAUCCAGCUACUGAAAGAGUUGUCGAAGAGAAAAGACAACCUUUUGUUGAAUUAAAGAAGGAAGAUGUAGAUUGGAUUAAUCCGGACCAUACUAAUGUCGAAACUGCUACUUUCUAUUUCAGUAAUUUAGAUACUGGUGUUCUAGGUUUCGCUCAAAUUAUUCAUUCAAACAUUAUUGGUUAUAUCACUCAAGCUCAAUUUACUUUCAGAAUUUAUGAUUCGAGAAACCCAGGUAAUUUAAAUUUAUGGACUUCAACUAAAUUAGAAAAUUUUAAAAUCGAAGGUCCAAAUUUCUAUGCUGAUAAUUUAUCUCUAGAGUUGAAUGAAGAAAACACUGAAUAUCAUUUUGUUUCUUCUGUCAAUGAUGAUUCCAAAAUAGAUCUGACUUUUACUAGAUUAGUACCAGGUGUUAAAGUUGGUGAUAAUUCAACUACUUACUACGGUGACAACAUUGAGGAACCAUGGGGAACAAUGAGACAUGUAUUUUGGCCAAGAAAUUCAGUGGUUGGCACCAUUGAUUUGAAAAAACCUAUUGAAGUUAAAUCUGCAACUAAUGGUGAAUCUGAAACUCAAGAUAAUGAAGAAGGUCAGGAAGAAAAUGAUCAAGAUGAAUCAGAAAGUAACGAAGAAAUUCAGAAAGAAGAUAUCAACAUCAAAUUCACUAAGGAAUAUCCUGUAUAUUCUUUAUUUAUAAUGGCUGUACAAGGAAUGAAACCUCAUCAUGCCGCUAAAACUUGGAAUUUUUUAAAUUUCCAUUCUGAAGAAGGUUCUACUGUAUUGAUCGAAUUUACUACCCCCAAAUCUUAUGCUAACACUAAAGUUUCUAUCGGUAUCGUCACAUCAAAGGAGGACAUCUUAGCAGUUACAGUGGAUAACAACUAUGAACAUUUAAAUAGUGAAGUUGAUGAAAUCGGUUGGAAGGUUCCAAAAAACAUCCAAGUUACAUUAAACGGUAUAAAGUCCAAUAUUUCUGAUGAACAAGUGGCAGGGGGCGAGCUUACCGAUGCUGAUAAAUUUACUGCUGUCUAUGAAGCAAAGCUAGAACAGUUAGUCGAAAGAGUAGAUGUCAUGAGCGAAAUACCUCAAUUUGUAAAAAACAUUGUUUCUGGUAUUGCCGGUACCAAACCAUACAUUUAUCAAUAUGCCAAUAUUGAAGACUGUACUCUUAAGAUUAAUGAAAAGAGCAUCAAAGGUCUAGGCUGGAUGGAAGUUACAUUCAUCAGUGAGUCAGAUGCUAUCACCGAGGAAUCCUACAACGAAAAUUGA